AUGUGGCCACGCUCUCGCUUCACUGCCCACUCCAAGAAGGAAAGGACCAGCAAAGCAGCUCCAGGCAAUAGCAGCGUGGCCCCCACACUUUCUCUGCCAGCACAGUUCACCGUCCAGCUCCGCCUGCCUGAGACCAAUGAGACUUUCUCGCUGCCUGACUGUCACAACGACUUGACUAUAUGGAAGCUCAAGGACCAUUUGGAGUUGCUGGCUGGCAUUCCCCUGCAUUUUCAGCGUCUCCAGUACCUGGAUGAAAUAGACCUGCCAGAUGAUUCUACAUUUAAGAGCCAUGAUAUUGUCCCUGGUGGGACAAUUACUUUGCGCAUCUGGCAACAUGAUGGCUGGGGGCACCUCGUAGCUGCAGCUGCAGAGGGAAAUAUUCCAAAGCUAAUAAGUGCAGGUGUUACAAAGGACCCUGUCGGCAGGACUCCCCAGUCAGACUUCCUGGGUCCAGAGCAGGAGGCGGACUGGAGAGCACACCGCAUAUUUGUGACACUCUACAUUGCCAGCCACAGAGGCCAUGCUGCUGCUGUCCAUUUUCUACUAGAAAACGGUGCAGAUGUACAUUUUAAAACGCCGCUGGGCAGGACUGCUCUUCACGUGGCUGCUAUCAAGGGCCACUACGAUUGCAUCGAUGAACUGCUCAUCUACGGGGCACAGGCUGCUACCCCAGACAACGAGGGACAGACUGCAAUGAGCCUGGCUCGCCUGUGGGGCCAGAAGCAGAGUGAACGCAAAAUGUUCUCCUUCUCUUGGAAGCAGAGAUCAAGUGGCGUGGGACCAUCCAUCCCCUCCUCGACCUAG